AUGCCAGAGAUCCGUAAAAAGCUUGUCGUUGUUGGUGAUGGCGCCUGCGGCAAGACAUGCUUGCUCAUGGUACAUUCCAAGAACGAGUUCCCCAAGAAAUAUGUGCCAACAGUUUUCGAGAACUACACGAUGGUGGUCAAUUAUGGCAAGCAACAGAUUGAGCUCUCCUUGUGGGAUACAGCCGGUCAAGAAGAUUACGACCGUCUCCGACCCCUGUCAUACCCAGAAUCGGAUAUCGUCCUAAUGUGUUUCUCAGUCGACUCACACUCGAGUCUAGACAACCUGAACGAAAAAUGGCACCCAGAAUUGGAACAUUUCUUGCCGGAUGCGCCCAAGAUUGUUGUGGGCCUGAAGACGGAUCUGAGGGAUGAGGCUCUUACGGCGGAGGAUAAGGAGCGUUAUGUGUCUACUGAACGAGGUGCCGCGGUGGCCGCAGCGUUGCACUGCAAAUACUUUGAGUGCUCAGCCAAGACAGGAAAGGGUCUCCCCGAGGUGUUCCAUGCCGCCCUCAAGGCAGCGAUGCAGUCUCGAAUCUCCAAGAUGCGCAAGCGGGCUUGCUCCAUUUUUUAA